AUGUUGGCCCAGUAUACCGGUUUUUCCCUUAUAAUGCACACCAAUAAUUUAGAAUACACCAUGACCGAUCAACAAUUCGUGCUUAAGUGGCAUUAUCAUGAAACAACUUUGCUACAAAACCUGCCCUACUUACUGGAAAACGAUAUAUUAAGCGACGUUACGUUAUCGGUGGGUGCCCAACAUAUUAAGGCUCACAAAAUAAUACUUGCUAUGUGCAGUGUGUAUUUUCUCCAGCUUUUUCAGGAGUUAAAAAACACUCAACAUCCAGUUGUAGUGUUGCACAAUGCCAGUAUGGAAGAUGUACGAGCAAUGUUAGCCUUUAUGUACCGCGGUCAAUGUGUUGUAUCAGAGGAUCAGCUGCCUAAUUUGCUAUCUAUUGCUAAGCUGUUGAAAAUUCAAGGGCUUUGUGACAUGAAAGCCCCCGAGAAACGACCAGCUACUGAAACCAUUCCAUUAAUGCACGCCAGAGAUUCGAGAUACCCCAUCGAAUCGAAACUUAACCCCUCAAAUCAAGCAAUAUGUGAUAAAGAGACCAGCGAAAAAAAGAUAUGCGAAAGUCCAUCCUGUAUACCAAACACGAUUUCGCUUAGAAGACAUAGCGGAAACGGUGGUUACAGUACAGCAAUCAACUUAUCAAUAGAUAGCACGACAGUCAGACUGCCUGAUUCACCUACGUGGGAAAAACCUUUACGAGUUCAACCAGAUAAUACAAGUCCAUGCUCUACUGAGGACACGAUUCCCACAUAUCCAACAACUGCCGUAAGAAAACAAGCAAGUCCGAAAGACUCAUCAGAGACUUGCAAAUGUUUUCUAUGUGGGAAAUACCUGAGUAACCAGUAUAACUUAAGGGUACACAUGGAAACGCAUGAAGAAGCUUAUCAUGCUUGUGCAUCGUGUCCUCAUGUGUCUCGAAGCCGAGACGCACUACGAAAGCAUGUAUCUUAUCGACAUCCCGAAGAGUAUCUUACGAGAAAACGAAAAAAGACAGAUAGCUCUUAGACCAAUGCAGCGGGUAAUAUUUGAAACCUUUUUUAGAAAGCCUCAUUUUUUGAGGUAUUUGCUGAAUCCAGUUUUCACCAAUGUGUAACAGAGACACCUUCAAUAUUCGACUGAAGAUUCAAUAUUCGGAUGCAGCUUAAAUUUUUGCCAAAAAAUUUGCAGAACGUUCUGUCAAAGAGCAGAAAAGAGACGACGAACAGCUAGACUGUAAUUUACAAAUACAACCAUUUUAGUUCUUAGUGCUAA